UCGGCUUUCGUUUAAACCAAAUGCGCGAAGUUCCGCCACAUCAUCGUGCAUGGCCCACGAGAAAAUACGAGACAUAUCCCACAAACUCGAGGAGUGCAAGUGGCAAAGGAGAAAUGCAGCUUAAACCUCGCAGUCAAACCCUCCAAUUGAUACACUCGCCAGUGACGCUUCUGCAGGCUUGGCAUCUCUUCUCUGCUCAGCACAACCUCAGCUCCAUGGAGAGCAGACGUAAAAAUCCCGGGAGAGCAGGAACGGAGAUGCAAGCCCCCGUUACUCCUCAUGUUAUCAUGGAAGUCAGUCAAUCGUGUCUGGUCGGCAAGGGCGCGUUGGAUAAGAUGCCCAUCGAGGGACCGCACCAGUGGAAGAAGGAUGAAGACAUAGAUAAAAAAACCAAGAAUGACGAGGAUGACGAGAAAGAGGAGCGCGAACCAGCGCUAAUUUGA